AAAUGUUUGAUUUGAUCCUUAAAUUAUUGAUACAUAAAGAGAAGCAGAUAGGAACAGAGUGGGUAACAAUCCAAACGCAUGAACGUUUUGCUGAGUGCUCUGCAUCGAUCUGGAUCCUGUCUAGCUCAUAAACAAGGCGGAACAGAGUAUUGGCUCAUAAAAUUAGUUCAGAAAUGAGCCAGUGUGUGCCUAGCUGUGAUGCCGACGACAAUAUUCCCAUCGCCACAAAACUCCCUCUUCUUCCCAACUCCAAUACCAUUGCCUUUCAAGUCCCCAUGUUCGACUACACAUGCAGAAAGGGACAACUUUCGAAGCUCCUUAACGAAGACAGCACUGGAAACUUUAACACAUGGGACAAGUCUAUUGCAAAUGAUACUUUAGCGUCCACAGUUCAAUGUGUCGGCGAAAACAAGCAUGAAAGUCAGUUAAUUUCAUGGCCUAACCCUCGCCAAAUUGCGAUAACUGUGGACGCUUUAGUGCCAUGUUCCUCGGAACAGGGCAUGCCGCAGGUUGUAGAGUCAGGAACGCUUGGCGCGUGCGUGGGACGUUCCUCUGAGACUGUGAGGCGGGAGUUAAGUGGCUGCGGAGAUUGGAGUGCGAGUGGUAGUGCCACUUGUUGCAAGGACGUGACUGUGGGUUUCAAUUCUGCCUCCAUGGGUUCGCCGGAAAACACCACCGGCUCCGCCAAGCACUGCACCGGGACCACCACCAACGACGACCACGAUUCCAUUCGCCACCGUGGAUCACAGAGUGAGGCAGGGGAUGGGGAUUACAAGGCAACAAGAAUUGAUAGAUCUUUGGGGUCCAAUAAAAGAAGCAAAGCUCAAGCUGUACACAAACAAUCUGAAAGGAGGCGGAGAGAUAAGAUCAACCAAAGAUUGAAAACAUUGCAAAAGCUGGUCCCAUAUUCCAGUAAGACCGAUAAAGCUUCGAUGCUGGAUGAGGUGAUCCAAUAUUUGAAGCAAUUGCAAGCUCAAGUGCAAACGAUGAAUUGGAUGAAAAUGUACUCUUCCAUGAUGCUGCCAAUUACCAUGCAACAACAACUUCAAAUGUCUAUGAUGGCUCGUAUGGGCAUUGGAAUGGGGAAGAAUAUGGGUAUGGGUAUGGGUAUAGGCAUGGGCAUGGAUAUGAACAUUCCCAGUUUCUCUCCUGUAUUUCACCCUAGUCCCUUCAUGCCUAUGGCCUCAUGGAGUGCUUGCGGUGGCGAUCAAUUUCCAGGAGCACAAUCAAAGCCCGUGACAGUGGAUGCAUUCAGUAGGAUGGCUGCUCUGUAUCAACAGCUAUAUCAUCCUCCGUCCGCUUCUACUUCUAAGAGUUGAGCUCCUACAUGUUCUAUGUUCCCAUAACAGGGAUGAGCAAUGAAAAGGGUGUGUAUAUUUAUUUUAUUGUGAGA